AAAUUACGUCAGCUGUUUUGUUUAUAAAAACGACGGGUUAAAUCGACGCACGUAAAUCGUGUUUCUUAUUGAGUAGGAAAGUUGAGAGAAUGUCAACUUUUGUGAAAAACAUGAAGCCUAUGAGACAUCCUAAGAGGGUAGUUAAAAAAAGAAAAUGUACAUCAAACGAAAACGUGGAAUUUGGCAAGACAUUGGAGAACAAUGUUGCUGAAUUCCCUGUAUGUUCAAACCAACCGAAUGUAGUUCAACGAGAGAAAAGACGAGCCUUUGGAAAUAUAACAAAUUCAAUAGCUUUAUCCAAUGUUAAUACAAAGAGAAAAACUGAGGACCAGCCAGAGACUCUAAACAAAAAAGACAAGAGAAGGAAGUGUGCCAAGGACCAAACUAACGAGAAAUGCUUAAAGCAGAAUUUACUGAAAUCAACCACUGAAAAGACUAAAGAUGCUGCAGAGCAUGCAGUUCACAAACCAAAUAAGAGUUUGGUGGAUUUUGAUGUUGAUAAGGAGGACUGCAGUAAUAUUUGGGCUACUCCAGUCUAUGUGAAUGAUAUCUUUCACAAUAUAAGAGAAAGAGAGGUUGUCUUCCCUCUAGCCGAUUACAUGGACAAGCAGCUGGACCUUAGCAAGAGAAAGAGAGCCAUUGUGGUGGACUGGAUGAUUGAAGUACAGGAGCACUUUGAACUGAAUCACGAAACUCUCUACCUUGCAGUGAAACUGAUGGAUCACUACCUCACGAAAUGCCUGUGUAAAACUGAGAAUCUACAGCUAGUGGCAGCCACUGCCUUUCUCAUUGCUGCAAAGUUUGUGGAACGCUGCGCUCCUUUGGUAGAGGAAUUCCUGUUCAUCUGCAGUGGGAUCUACAGUCGGAAACACAUUCUUGUGAUGGAGAGGAGGAUUCUGAGCGCGCUUGGUUUCGACAUUAAUAUUCCAGAACCAUAUAGCUUUAUUCGCCGCUAUGCAAAGUGUGCAAGGAGUGACCUGUUGACGUUGACACUGGCCCGCUAUAUCUGUGAGAUGACGUUGCAAGAGUAUGAAUUUCUGCAGGAGAGGUCCUCUAAACUGGCUGCAGCGUGUCUUUUCCUUGCAAUGAAGAUGGCCUGCUCAGGGGAUUGGACCCAAACGCUGGUACAUCACACUGGAUAUGAGAAAGAAGACCUCGUGCCCAUAAUGGAGAAAUUGAGUUCUCUCAUCUCGACGCAGAAUGGAAAACUGAAAGCUGUGUACACCAAAUAUUCUCACAGUACAUUUCUGGAAGUGGCUAAAAUUCCUCCUCCUAAGCCCUUCACUUUUCAAUUGAAGACACAGCAGUAGUGUACAAGGAGAUUCAGAGGAGUCUUCACAAUGGCUGACAUUGAAAGGGAACUCUAUCCUGCGUUACUUAAGAUGACAAUUUAUGAAUAAAAAGGCACGAGGAACUGCAGAAACUUACUGUAUUUGGCAACAUCUGCAUUCCAAGGCACUGCCAUUUCCAAAUGAGGAUGACAAUAUGAAUGACUGGUUUUUAGUUCUGACCUGAAAAGUGUUGGACUUAAAUAGGUUUUUAUUAUAAUGGGCAAAUACAUGGAAAGUCUUAGUUAGGACCUGUUUUUAAAGUGUACUUCCUUCAGUGUUGUAGAGAUCUGAUCAGUAGGGAAGACAGAUUCAAGAAAACUAAUCAUAUUUUCUCCCUUUUUUUAGAUGCCUAUAAUGUCUUUUUAAAGAUGUACUUCAAAAGUUAACUAACUAUAAUUCAGUCUGUGAUGUGGUUUUGGAUUACUUUUGUACUGCAACAUGUUUUCCUAGCAUACAAUACAUUUAGUAUGAAAAAUGAAAAAUUCAGCUUCAUCCCUGUACUGUAAUAUCAAUGUAACACUGGUUUUAAGCUCUUUCUGAAAUUGGCACAAAUGUGUUGCCUAUAAUGACCAACUGAUUUUAAUUAAAAUGCUGCCAUUUUUAUCUUAAGAAAAAAGGAGAAAUGACUUGCAAUAUUUGAAUUUGAGGCCUUCCAAUUUUGAACCGGUUGCUGUAUGUCGUGUAAUUUAUGAAAAUGUAUUUCCUGACGAAUACCGUGUGUGAAACCAACAAUAAAUCAUCCAUUAAAAAUA